CCUCCUGGAGUCAAAUUUAAAUUCCUUCUACCCACUCAUAGCUCACCUAAGGGUAAAAAUUUUCAGCAUACAGACUAGAGAAAUCACCUCACCUGUACAUUUUGCCUAGUGAAGAGAAAGGUAGCAAUUUGAACAUGAAGGCUGCGAUUCUACUGUUUUGUCUUCUAGGAUCAACUCUGUCAUUACCGAUGCAGCUCAACCCUGCCCUGGUGCUUCCUCCUACUAAGCUUGUUCCAGAUCAGGCAACACUGCUAAAUCCACAGCAGCCAAGUCAGGUCUUCUCUUCUUUAAGUCUAAUUCCUUUGACACAUAUGCUCACACUGGGGUCAGACUUGCAACUGCUAAAUCCUGCUGCAGGGAUGCCGUCUGGUACACAGACCCUCCCACUGGCCCUGGGGGGACUGAAGGUACAGCAGCAGCUGCAACCACAAAUGUUACCAGUUAUUGUAGCACACUUUGGAGCCCAGGGUACUAUCCUAAGCUCAGAGGAACUGCAAGGGACCUCUCAAAUCUUAACAGGUCUUAUCUUCCAUCCCUUGUUCCCUGGAGCCAUCCUGCCCACCAGUCAGGCUAAUCCAGAUGCCCAGAAUGGAAUCCUUCCUGCAGGACAAGCAGGAGCAAAUCCUGCCACCCAGGGAACCCCAGAGGACCCCUUCUCAACCCCUAGUGGCACAGAUGAUGACUUUGCAGCAACCACACCUGCUGGCAUCCAGAGGGGCAGGCAAACCACGGAGGAAACCCCCACAGGGUCACCCAAAGGAAUUCAGUAA